AAAAGUGCCGCAGUGCACGCUGGGACCCACGUGACCUUUACGUAGGUACCCCUUCACCUGCAAUCCCAGCCCCUCCCAUCGAGGUUUUAGCGCCGCAGCCGCCACCAGAACGAGCCUUCCUAAAGCGGUGGUUUCCAGGGACCCGGGACAGGAGACAGGGGAGGCGGAAGAUCCGCCCUGAGGAACUGAAAGUGUCAUGGCCUUCGCCAUCAUGAUUCGCCUCCUAGUCGCGUGUCUUCCAGUCGCGUGUCUCCGCGCCCCGCCGCCCCGCCCCAAUUUUCUGCUGCUCAUGGCUGAUGACCUGGGCAUUGGUGACAUCGGAUGCUAUGGGAACCGCUCGCUGCGGACCCCAAACAUCGACCGCCUUGCCAGGGAGGGUGUGAUGCUGACACAGCACCUGGCCGCCUCCUCCUUGUGCACGCCCAGCCGUGCUGCCUUCCUCACUGGCCGCUACCCCAUUCGCUCAGGCAUGACUUCCGCCCGUGGGCACCGGGUCCUGCAGUGGGCGGCAGGUGCAGGCGGCCUACCUCCUGAGGAGAUCACGUUCGCGAGGAUUCUGCAGGAGCAUGGCUAUGUCACAGGGCUGCUCGGAAAGUGGCACCUGGGCCUAAGCUGCUCUUCGGCCACCGACUUCUGCCACCACCCGCACAGGCACGGCUUCAGCCACUUCACGGGGCUGCCGCUGGGCAUGAUGGGAGACUGCGCACCGCCAGGAGGGGUGUGGCCUCCGCCUCCCCAUCUAGAGUCGUGGCCUUCCGAGAAACGAGCAGUGCUGGAGCAGCGCCUGUUCUGGUGGGCACGGCUUUUCGGGGCAGGGGCGGCUGGCAUCUUGAUAACGGCGGUCAUGAUGGGCAGCAUCAUAGGACACCCCUUCCGGCUGCGUGUGGCGGCGGCCAUCUUGGCAUGUGUCCUGGCAGCGGUGGCCAUCUUGGCGUCAGUGGUAGCACGUCAUGCAGGCGAGCUGGUGGCAAGGGCGGAUUGCUUCCUGAUGCGUGGAGCUGAGGUUACCCAGCAGCCCCUGAGGCUCGACCGUGUCACGGAUAUGCUGCUGCGCGAGGCCGAGGUCUUCCUGUCCCUGCACUCGGACCAGCCCUUCCUGCUCCUCAUGUCCUUCCUGCACACACACAUCCCACUGGUGACUAAGCCAGAUUUCCAGGGGCGGAGCCGGCACGGGGUUUACGGGGACAAUGUGGAAGAGCUGGACUGGAUGGUCGGCCGCCUCCUGUCCAUUCUGGACCACUUGGGGCUGACAGAGAACACGCUCGUGUACUUCACAUCUGACAAUGGUGCCUGGCUGGAGGCGGGACCACUAGGGGGCAGCAAUGGGGUCUUCCGGGGCGGCAAGGGCAUGGGUGGCUGGGAGGGCGGCUUCCGUGUGCCUGGAGUGUUCCGCUUCCCGGGUGUGCUGCCCGAAGGUCGGGUUGUGGACGAGCCCACAAGCCUGAUGGAUGUGUUCCCCACCGUGGUUGGCCUGGCAGGCGGUGCCCUGCCAGAGGACAGAGAGAUCGACGGGCGGGACCUGCUGCCCCUGCUGAGGGGGGAGACCCCGCACUCGGGCCACCACAUCCUACUGCACUUCUGCGAGAUCUUCCUUCAUGCUGCCCGAUUUGUGCAGCGUGAUGCUGGCAAGACUUGGAAGUUUCACUUCAUGACACCAAACCCUGACCCCUCGACCCCAGGCCAGGCAUGCCCCUCGCGGGGGGUGUGCCCCUGUGUGGGAGACAUCAAGGAGCAUGACCCACCCCUGCUGUUCGAGCUAGGUGCUGACCCCGGGGAGACGCAGCCGCUGUUGCCAGGAGCAGAGCCGGCCCUCUUUGAGGCUCUGCAUGCCGUGCAGCGGGAGCACGAGCGUGUGAUAGAGGGCUUGGGGCCCAGUGGGACGGUCCGCCAGCAGCUGGGCACUUUGUACAACGUGUGGCGGCCGUGGCUGCAGCCCUGCUGUGGGACGUGGUGCGCGUGCGAUCUGGAGUGACUGCUGGGAUACUGGGUGGGCACCUCCAGAGAGUGGGCUGCCAUUUCAGGACUUGGGGUCUGUCACUUCCUGGUGAUGGGGGCUUUUCUGGGGACAGGAUAGGCCACUUCCAGUUAGAGGUGCAACUUGUGGGUGUGGAAAGGCCACUUCCAGCUUACCAGUUGGAAUUCUGGGUGAUGGGGACGUUUCCCAGGUUGGGAGAGGCCACUGCUGACCAGGUUAGGGGUGGGGACUUCCCAUUAUGGUAUGCCCCGCUACCUGUCUCCGGGAAACAAGAUAGAAUUUUUCAUUGAAAGUAAAAGAACAGAAAAAUUCCGACGGUUAUUUUUUUUUGCAAAAAAACGAUAUUUUUUAUG